AUGCCUCGAAAUGCGAUACCACACGAAGAGGUGCUUGGAUUCAUUUACGAGUAUCUCGAUUAUUUUGGCUAUCGUGAUAGUCUCAUCGCGCUGCAAGCGGAAUCGAAGGUCCCGUACAACACCAUCCAUGUCGCCAUAGGAGGGGAUGACGAGAGGGGAGAACUCAGCACUUUAGGCGGCACCAAGGGUGAGGGUUCUUAUCCGGGCGCCCAUGGCGACCGUAGAGCGAGUUCCCGGCGGGUAAAAUUCCCGCCACCAUCUCUAGCCGGGCUGCAGCGUGCUGUGCUGCAGGGAAGCUGGGCGGAGGUUCUCAACGUAUACGUUGACGGCCUGUUAAUACCAUAUGAGGUUCGUGCUAACUUAUAUGAGUUGAUCUUUGAAGAGUUGCUCCACGUUCACGGUAUCCAGACCGCGGCUCGCACGCUGCUUCAGCACUCACCCAUUUUCAAGGAGAUGCACGAGAAUACGCCGGCCCGCCUGGCGCGUCUACAGAAAAUGCUGGAUGAGUUCGAUAACAUUCAGUGGGAAGAAAACAAAAAAAAAGGAGGCGUCAGUGCCACUCACAUAAUGGAGCUGCAAAAGCGACGGGAGGGGAUGUUUCAGCAGCUGAAAGGGCUUAUUCACUUUACGAGUGAUCCCUUUGACGGGGCGUUACCCUCCGCGCUCCUCAUCGCGGAACGUUGUAGUUGCCAGGGCAACGCCGCAGCGGCUCCCCCUUCGCAUUCGGGAGACCAGCCGCGGCCACAUAAACGAGAAAGAGACGAAGCGCAUGACCCCCCAAGAGCGGUUGCGGCCGCGCAGAAGCCGUGGUCGGAGGUUCGCCUGGAGUAUCCCAUUUUGGUCUCCUCGUCGAUUCAACGAAAAGUCCCCUAUUCGGCCGAAAAGGCCAUCACGACGUGCUGUGUCAUUGGCGGGAAAAAUGAGGUGGAGUCGAUCGCCCUCUUAGGCCGCGCGGACGGCGUCCUCGAGUUCAUGGUGGCCGCAUCCGGUGAGGUGGUGGGGAGCGCGGCCGCGCACACCGACGGGGUGCUGGCGCUCGCCCUUGAUGAGAGCCCAACCCCCGCCAGGGUCCUCGAAGCGCCACGGGCUUCGACGAAAGAAGACUCCACAGGGGAGAGUCCCCCUGGCGGCGAUGGUUCCUGUAUCUGGGUGGCUGUCGGCUACCGUGAUGGGUGGAUUAAGGUGUAUAACUGUUCCACCCAUCGCCUCGUUCGACGGUUCGCCGCGGUGCACUCGAUGGGGGUUACGUCGUUGUUUUUUGCGGGCUCCCGGCACCCGAACUUGAUGAACCACCGCAACUUCGUGAUUACCGGUUCUUACGACACCACUAUUCAUGUUCUCGACAUCGUAAGCGGAGCUUCCAUUUUCAAACUGAGUGAUCCACAUCAUGGAACUUUUAUUAACGCGCUGUGUCCGCUGCCACGUGGGCAGCCGCUUUCUAGCGAAGAAACUCUGCACACCUUCAUGAGCGCGGGAAACGACUGCAUGGUUGGGGUUUGGGCGCUCGACGAGGAAAGUGGUGUCGUGCGUUCUUCAGGGGGGCACACCUGGAACUUGAUGGCGCUUUAUCGCGAAUGCAGGGACGGAACGGCAACCGCGCUUCAGCUGGUGUCGAUAGAAGGACGUAAUGAGGGAUCCGAUUUGCGAUUGGAUCACCCCAACAUCGAUUACGUCAUCGUGGUAACUCGCUCGAAUUUCGUGUUGAUCGUCUCGAUCGAGCUGGUUGGUAGCAUGCUGGAGGAGUCCGUCCAAUUCCACACCCUAUGCGUUAUCCACGCGCGCAAACGUGUUCGACAUGUCUCCGCACAUGGGUGCUGGACGGGCUCUUUCCCGAUCCCCAUACUGUGCAUGUACGCGACUGACGAGGAAGGUACAACAUUGUUGUAUAACAUUGAGAUGAAGUGGCUUGACGUAGAAGCGUGGCGCCACUUUAACGGAGCACUCAAUAUCACCAACGCCACCGACGAAAGCACCGUGGUGCUUACGGAUGUCGGCAAGAUGGUCGCCGACUUACGGAUUUGUGUGGUGUGGCAUUGCACGAGCCACCCUCUCCUCUUGGCUUACGCACCAUCUUUAAGUGACUUGUAUGUGUUGCGUUAA